UCCAACUCAAACAAUUGUGUAAUAUAUCAACUUUGUGUACUCAAGCAGCAAAGAGUCUGUAAGAACUCACCUGUCUCCUGGCCUGAAGAUAAAACGGAAUCAUGAGCACAGCAGGAAAAGUAAUCAAAUGCAAAGCAGCUGUGCUGUGGGAGAUAAAGAAACCCUUUUCCAUUGAGGAGGUGGAGGUCGCACCCCCUAAGGCCCAUGAAGUUCGUAUUAAGAUGGUGGCCUCGGGAAUCUGUGGCUCCGAUGAUCACGUGGUUGGUGGAAGGCUCAUCACACCUCUCCCUGUGAUCUUGGGCCAUGAGGCAGCCGGCAUUGUGGAAAGCAUUGGAGAAGGGGUGACUACAGUAAAACCAGGUGACAAAGUCAUUCCACUCUUUACUCCCCAAUGUGGAAAAUGCAUUGUUUGUAAACACCCACAAAGCAACUUCUGCUUGAAAAAUGAUCUGAGCACACCUCGGGGGAUCAUGCAGGAUGGUACUACCAGGUUCACCUGCAGAGGAAAGCCCAUCUACCAUUUCAUUGGCACCAGCACCUUCUCCCAGUACACGGUGGUGGAUGAGAUUGCAGUGGCCAAGAUCGAUGCAGCCUCACCAUUGGAGAAAGUCUGUCUCAUUGGCUGUGGAUUUUCUACUGGUUAUGGGUCCGCAGUCAACAUUGCCAAGGUCACCCAGGGCUCCACCUGUGUGGUGUUUGGCCUUGGAGGGGUCGGCCUGUCUGUGAUCAUAGGCUGUAAAGCAGCGGGAGCAGCCAGGAUCAUUGGGGUGGACAUCAACAAAGACAAAUUUGCAAAGGCCAAAGAGGUGGGUGCCACUGAGUGCAUCAGCCCUCAGGACUACAAGGAAUCCAUCCAGGAUGUGCUGAAGGAAAUGAGUGGUGGCGGUGUGGAUUUUUCAUUUGAAGCCAUUGGGCGGCUUGACACCAUGGUGGCUGCCUUGUCCUGCUGUCAAGAGUCCCAUGGUGUAAGCGUCAUUGUAGGAGUACCACCUAGUUCGCAAGAUCUCUCUAUGAACCCCAUGUUGCUAUUGACCGGACGUACCUGGAAAGGAGCAAUUUUUGGUGGCUUUAAGAGUAAAGACUCUGUCCCCAAACUUGUGGCUGAUUUUAUGGCUAAGAAGUUUCCACUGGAUCCAUUAAUAACCCAUGUUUUACCUUUUGAAAAAAUAAAUGAAGGAUUUGACCUGCUUCACUCUGGAAAGAGCAUCCGCACCAUCCUAACAUUCUGAGACCAUACAAAUGCCUUCACUUGCAGCAGUCUUUUGGCUCCUGCACCUUCUGGAACGAGCAACCAAACAACAUCACUAAUUCUGUUCUUCAGAGAUGCAGUCAAUAAAUCAUGCAUGAGAGCUAUCCAAAAGAAACAAAAAUUCAUAUGAAAUCCUUUUUCAAGCCAAUGUUUAAAAUUCAGGUGAAAGCUAGGUGAAUCAUUAGCUGCAUAGUUGAGUCCAAUAAACUUUCCUUCUUAAUCAUUCUACUCAUGUUGAAUUAUGGCAUCUUUCCCACUGGGGAAAGGUGGGUAUUUCUUUGACUUCUUGAAUUUCUUGUACCUGUGCCGCCCUUAGUCACUGAAACCUAGGGGAGGAGGUCUUCAUUAUAUUUUAUAUAAUCUAUUAUUCCUCCCAACAUACACAUGAUGAGCUACUGCACUUGAACUCUUCCUAUUUCUAUUUUCACCGUCUGUAUUUUCCUUUUGAUGAAAUGUACCAAAGCCCUAAGGGAAACACUAUCAUCUGGGAAAGGAUACACUUAGGUUUACAAGUAGAGAAGGUCUAGAACUUCUAUAUGCAGGGAAUUUCUUUUUUCUUUUUUAAUUGAAGUGUAGCUGACAUACAAUCUUACAUUAGUUUCAGAUGUACGACACAGUGAUUCAACAUUUAUGUACAUUAUGAAGUAAUCACCACGAUAAAUCUAGCCACCAUCUGGCACCAUACAAAGUUGUUACCAUAUUAUUAACUAUAUUCUAAAUACAAGGAAUUUUCUAGGGAAAUGUCACAUAUUUUUAUAUGACAGAGGGAAGUAUGCUUAUUGCUUUUUAUACUGUUCACAGUGAAUAUACAAUUAUUCUUUAAAACAAAAGCAGUUUCAUGCUACAUGUGAUAAAUAUGAGGUUCAGAUAUUAAAUGUGAAAACUGAACUGUUCCUGGAACCACAUUCAAAAAUCUGUAGUUUUUUGGUGCUUUAUUGGCUAAACACUUCGUUAAUUAUUAUAAUUAACUGAAAAUUAGUCAUAAGGUAAUUAAAAAGUAAUAUGGUGGCUUGAAGUGUAGGGAUUGGAAUGAAGCAGUGUGGACACAACAUGUAAAAUGGGUAACUAAGAAAUGCACAAAUGUCCAAAGCGAUAUAUUUUCUAAGUAAACAUAUAUGCAUAUACAGAUGUGCAUUUUCAAUCUAGAACUUUUCUAUUAACUACCAUGUCUUAAAUAUGUAAUCCUGUAAUUAAUGUAAUUUUUUGAAUAUGCAAGAGCCUGUGUACUCAUUUUUUCAUGCUUUCCCACUCUCAAGGGAAGACUUGCAUUUUAAGCUUUAUCUCCAAAUGUACAUAAAAAGUUUAUUCUUUUAAGGGGUUUUGUCUCUCUCCAAAAGUGUUAUUUGCUUCUGUGUCUACAACUUGUUUGAUAUUGUGGAAAGGACUUUGGACUGAGAGCAAGUGAUCUAUCACCUACUUAAUGGUGAUCUUCAGUAAGUUACUCAACCUCUCCGAACCCAUUCCAUCCUUUGUUUUAAAGAAUUACUCUAAACACAAGGCCCACAAAGCCUUUGGGGGGGGGGGGGAGGAGGAGCUGUCAUUUUAAAGUACGAAAGAUUAAUUUAGUGCUUUUGACAGACUUUUGAUUGUAGAGGAUGUAUGGUAUCAGCACUGACAGAUCACACAGAUAAAAAGAACUCUAGCUUAUGACAACAUUAAAGGUUUAUCCCAAUUCUGCAGAACAGCAUUUUAAAAGAUACUGUUGGGGCCCUAGAGCAGCAUGCUUCAGAUAGAGAUUCUCCAGAAGUUGAAAUGCCAAAAACCUAACACCUGUGUAUGGACUCACGUACUUUAGUCCAUUGUAACAGAGCUUUUCUUAUUAAAACCAAUGAUGGAGUAUUGCACAUGCACCUCGCCCAACAGCACCACACUUACCAGGUGAUGCUGGGCUCCCUGUAGGCCAGGGCAGAGCAGAUAACACCUGUCGACACCCCUAUCUGACAGAUGGUUCACAGUCUCAGACCAACCCUUCAGUCACAGUGAUAGUGGAAGGAGAAAAGGGGGAUCACUUUUUCACCAGUGUAGAAAUGGGGAGGGGAAAGUAGCUUGCAAACAAAGUGUGAAUCAGUGUGAUAAAAUGAUGCCGGUGUCAGCUGGGCUUUCGGUAAACAACAAACCAGCAGCUCUUAACAAUCAGCACCGUUCACCUGGACAGCCCUGAUGUUCCGGUCCUGUCCAGCAGAUGGCCUGACCAUUGUUCUUCUUUCUGACUGUCCCCUAAUGUCUGUGCAUCGGCAAUGCAUUGGAAGAUGAUGUAAAUCCAAUAUAUUCCCAUGAAAUAAAUUGCCAGCAAACUUUCUAGCUUUUUAACUAUUGAAAAAGAGAUUAAAAACUUUUGUUUAAGUCAUGCACAAAUUAUGGACUGUGUUUCUUAUUUUUAGAAAUCAUUCCUUAGCUUUAAAAUUUUCAAAGAAAAAAACUGAGGUACUGGUAAAGUCCCCAUGUAAAUGUGUUCUCGUCUCUCCAUGCUGCCAGUAAGCCAAAUCAAAAGCCAUAAAAAAAAAAAGUGCUUAAGAAUGUGUGUAGAUGAGAAAGUGAUUUAUUUACAGAUCAAAGUCUUUGCUUCAUGAAGGUACCAAACCUUUUCAUUCUAUACCUGGAACUUAUAUUACACUGUAUGUUAACUAACUAAAAUUUAAAUUAGAACUUGGGGAAAAAAGUCACCCUUUUUCUCUUUGUUAUGGAAUUCAGGGAUUGUAAAAAUAAAAAUAAAGGUUUUGUUGUAUUUUUGAUGCUGGCAUGAGGGUUUUUUGUCCACUUUUUUUCAUAUAUCUGUGAAUAAAAAG